CCCCCCGGCCCCGCGGAUCCCCGGGCCCCCCGGCCGGGCCCGCAGCCACCAUGAAUCUGUCGGCGCGAGGUUCCGGCUCCUGCUCCGUGCUCAGCUGCUUCGGUGAAGAGGGGCCUCCCAGCCUGGAGUACAUCCAAGCCAAGGACCUGUUCCCCCCCAAGGAGCUGGUGAAGGAGGAGGAGAGUCUGCAGGUACCGUUUGCGGUGCUGCAGGGCGAGGGGGUGGAGUUCCUGGGCCGAGCGGCCGAUGCCCUCAUCGCCAUCUCCAACUACCGCCUGCACGUCAAGUUCAAGGACUCGGUUAUUAACGUGCCCCUGCGGAUGAUUGACAGCGUGGAGAGCCGGGACAUGUUCCAGCUGCACAUCUCCUGCAAGGACUCCAAGGUGGUGAGGUGCCACUUCUCCACUUUCAAGCAGUGCCAGGAGUGGCUGUCGCGACUGAGCCGGGCCACGGCCCGGCCCGCCAAGCCCGAGGACCUGUUUGCUUUUGCCUACCAUGCCUGGUGCCUGGGCCUCACCGAAGAGGACCAACACACUCAUCUGUGCCAGCCAGGGGAGCCAGUGCGGUGCCGGCAGGAGGCGGAGCUGGCGCGCAUGGGUUUUGAUCUACACAACGUCUGGAGGGUCUCCCACAUAAACAGCAACUACAAGCUCUGCCCCAGCUACCCCCAGAAGCUCCUGGUCCCCGUGUGGAUCACCGACAAGGAGCUGGAGAACGUGGCCUCCUUCCGCUCCUGGAAGAGGAUUCCCGUGGUUGUGUACAGACAUCUCCGGAACGGAGCCGCCAUCGCCCGCUGCAGCCAGCCCGAGAUCAGCUGGUGGGGCUGGCGCAAUGCCGACGACGAGUACCUGGUCACGUCCAUCGCCAAAGCCUGCGCUCUGGACCCAGGGGGCAAGGUGGCCGGAGGCUCCGCCUGCGGUGGGAACGGCGAGGGGAGCGAAGCCGGCGACACCGACUUCGACUCCUCCCUGACAGCCUGCUCGGGGGUGGAGAGCAGCAGUGGGCCCCAGAAGCUCCUGAUCCUGGACGCCCGCUCCUACACUGCCGCCGUGGCCAACCGGGCCAAAGGUGGAGGCUGUGAGUGUGAAGUACUACCCAACUGCGAGGUGGUGUUCAUGGGCAUGGCCAACAUCCACUCCAUCCGCAACAGUUUCCAGUACCUGCGGGCAGUCUGCAGCCAGAUGCCGGAUCCCAGCAACUGGCUGUCGGCCCUGGAGAGCACCAAGUGGCUGCAGCACCUGUCGGUCAUGCUGAAGGCGGCCGUGUUGGUGUCCAACGCGGUGGACGGGGAGGGCCGCCCAGUGUUGGUCCACUGUUCGGACGGCUGGGACCACCCCCAGAUAGUGGCGCUGGCCAAGAUCCUGCUGGACCCCUAUUACAGGACCCUGGAGGGCUUCCAGGUGCUGGUGGAGUCCGACUGGCUGGAUUUUGGCCACAAGUUCGGGGACCGCUGCGGCCACCAGGAGAACGCGGAGGACCAGAACGAGCAGUGCCCGGUGUUCCUGCAGUGGCUGGACUCGGUGCAUCAGCUGCUGAAGCAGUUCCCCUGCCUGUUUGAGUUCAACGAAGCGUUCCUGGUGAAGCUGGUGCAGCACACGUACUCCUGCCUGUACGGCACCUUCCUGGCCAACAACCCGUGCGAGCGAGAGAUGCGCAACAUCUACAAGCGGACCUGCUCCGUGUGGGCCCUCCUACGAGCCGGCAAUAAGAACUUCCACAACUUCCUCUACGUGCCCGGCUCCGAGCUGGUCCUGCACCCCGUGUGUCACGUGCGGGCCCUCCACCUCUGGACGGCAGUGUACCUCCCGCCGUCGUCCCCGUGCACCCUCAGGGAGGAGAGCGUGGACCUCUACCUUGCCCCGGCCGCCCAGAGCCAGGAGUUCAGCGGCCGGUCCCUAGACAGACUGCCCAAAAAAUCCGUGGAUGACCUCCUUUCGGCCUGUGACACCAGUAGUCCGCUAACUCGCACCGUCAGCGACCCGUAACCGUGAAUAAACCAUUGUCAGGAGGCCAGAGUGACCUGGAGCCCCGGUCCAGCCAGCCAGACAGGAGCGGACCCCCCGCGGGGGACACACGGCCCCGUCGGCCCCGCCGCGACCACGCUGGAGCUGGGCCACCUUCUCCGCCGCCCGCCUGGUCGGAAGGACUUCCGGCCCGAUUACGGCUUCCUCGGGCCGGGCCGGGAUCGGGAACCUCCCCUGAGACUCCUGGUCGGAGCCGGCCCCGGAUGCCUCUGGGGAAAGCUCCGCGAGCCCUGGCGCCGGGCCAGAAGGCUCCGGAUCCCGGGCCGGAUGGCCGUCUGGGCCACUCGGAGGGUCGCCUGCCCCGCUCCGGGAGACCCCGCGGCGGCACCUGCCCCACCCCGAGACCCUCGGGCCCUGCCUGGUCGGGGCACCUCUCGCAGGGCCCUCCGAAUGCCGGGCCGGACCCCGGGCCCCAGGAGGAAGACGUUCGGAGGCGAGAAAAUGUCAGGAACGGGCCGCCGACGGAAAGCGCUCGCUUUGGGGAAAGCGCCGCCGGAACUGGGGCCGCAAGCCGGUUUCCAGAGCCAGAUGAGCGAGUUUUCUUUCCUGGGAUCCAACUGGGAGAGUUUCCAGGGAUGGUGGCUUCGCUCCGAGCGGGGGAGGCGGCACCCCCGCCGCCUGCUUUCUUAUGGCUGCUGCGGCAAGAGGUCCGGCAGCAAGCCGACGCGAACGACGGGGCCUUGCCCCGCUGGCCAGUGGGCCCAGAGAGAAGGAGUUAAGUCGCCCAUCUGCUCUAGUCAGUCCGGUGGACACUGUGCCGGCCCGCUGCGGGAAAAGCAAACGAGGACGUGGCCAGCUGGGAUCGCCCCAAGCCGGCGUCCGGCCCCAAAGCCGGCUGCCGGCCAGCUGCCCAUUACUCCCGGGCCUCCCCUGUACCUGGAUGACGAGGGCUGCCCGUUCCCCCCGGAUGGUGAUCCAGGCAGAGGGUUACGGCAGAUCGAGGCGGGCUACAAGCCAGGAGGUGGAGACUUCCUCCGCCGCCAAUGCCGGGAGCUCCAGAUGAGGCUGGACAUACCGCCACCUUGCAUGAAGGCCGAGGUGGCGCCCCGGCGGAGCCCUCCGUGGACUUACGAGGACGACUCGACGUGUCUGAAGGAGUCGGAUGCGAGCGACGCCGAGGAUUUUGGCUCCGAUCCCAGCGAGGACGGCCUUUCAGAAGCAAGCUGGGAGCCCGUUGAUAAGAAGAGAAACUGAGACCAGCCAUGGCGUCCCCACUGCUACAACUGCGACUGUGAGUUCUGGCUGGCCAAACGGAGACACCACUGCAGAAAUUGUGGGAACGUGUUCUGCGCCGGCUGCUGCCACCUGAAGCUGCCCAUUCCCGACCAACAGCUCUACGACCCUGUCCUCGUUUGUAACGCCUGCUACGAACACAUCCAGGUGUCUCGCGCCAGGGAGCUGAUGAACCAACAUCUGAAGAAGCCAAUCGCCACAGCUUCCAGCUGAACGGCCAGAGGGGCCGACCUGUCCAGCUGCAGGAGGUGUGGAAGGAUCUGCUUCAGGUGUAGUUUGCAGGUCUCGCGGUGCUGGCCCAUGAACACCGGAGCUUGAAGGGCGCCAUCUCGAGAAUCCUCCCUGGCAUCCGUCUCCGCCCGGAGAAGAGGAAUUCCAACUCCGCAGGCCGCUUCCUCCACCUAUGAGGCCCUCGCCUUUGGGAGCGGUCCCGUCCCAGACCUCCGGUUCUAGGGAUUUAGGGGGAAGUAGGCCGACUCUGGUUUCUUUUGGCUCGGGAGUUGAAAGAUGAUGACGAUGAUGACGAUUUCUCAGCUACUGCCUGGCGCAAAGUGCCCCAAACAGCCAAUAGGAAGGCAGUGCGGGAUCACUGAAUCCAACGA